GAGAGCAAGGCGAAGGCUGUAGGCAAACUGCCGCUGCCUUCGAAAGCACUUGGCGCCAAGCGUGCUCCUCUGCUUCCCAAGUCAGUGGGAGCGAAGGCUGUUCCUUCAGUGGAGGCGAAGGGUCCUGGAGAUGCAGAGGAUCCGGGCGUUACAGAGAUCAAGGAGGCGGGUUCUGCGGGGAAGCCUAGCGAGGAUGAGAGCAAGGCGAAGGCUGUAGGCAAACUGCCGCUGCCUUCGAAAGCACUUGGCGCCAAGGGUCCUCCGCCUCUUCCUAAAUCAUUGGGGGCGAAGGCUGUUCCUUCAGUGGAGGGGAAGGGUCCUGGAGAUGCAGAGGAUCCGGACGUUUCAGAGAGCAAGAAGGAGGAGGGUUCUGCGGAGAAGCCUAGCGAGGAUGAGAGCAAGGCGAAGGCUGUGGGCAAACUGUCGCCGCCUUUGAAAGCACUUGGCGCCAAGCGUGCUCCUCUGCUUGCUAAGGCACUGGGGGCGAAGGCUGUUCCUUCAGUGGAGGGGAAGGUCCCUGGCGAUGCAGAGGAAGCGGACGUUUCAGAGAGCAAGAAGGAGGAGGGUUCUGCGGAGAAGCCUAGCGAGGAUGAGGGCAAGGCGAAGGCUGUAGGCAAACUGGCGCUGCUUUCCAAAGCAUUUGACCCUAAGCGUGUUCCUCUGCUUCCUAAGUCAGUGGGAGCGAAGGCUGUUCCUUCAGUGGAGGGGAAGGGUCCUGGAGAUGAAGAGGAAUUAGCGGUUUACGAGAGGAUGGAGGAGGGUUCUGCGGAGAAGCCUAGCGAGGGUGAGAGCAAGGCGAAGUCUGUGGGCAGGCUGCCAAUGCCUUUGAAUGACCUGUGGGAGGAUGAUUCUUGUGCGUCGGAGGGAGGGUCUAUAUCGGAUGUGGGUAAAUCUGUUCUUCAGCUUGGAGGCUCACUCGACUCUGUAGAUCUCAUGAAGCUGUCAACGGCCUUGCUGCCAAGAGGCAUAAGUGUUAAGAGGGCAGAAAGCUUGAUCAGCCUAGAUGAUGCCGUUCCCAAAGAGGAGGCCUCCAAAGCUGAGCCUCUGAAGGCAUCAAAUUCAGGGGUUGAAAUGAAUGUGAAGCCAAAACGAAUCCCCAGUGUUAAGGCUAGAGAGCCUUCGCUCUCAAAAGGUGCUGGCCUCCCGAAGCCCCCCACUCCCAAACUCAUGUCCCAAGAGACAUCCAUAUCUACGGCUAAAGCGAAUGUGAAGCCAAGUGCUGAGCCGGUGGCAGCAGCCGCCAAACAGAAGAUAGCUAGAGAUUGGUCUUUUGCCCCCACUACAGUUGAUACUGAACUGCUGAUCUUCGAAACGCAGGACUACAUCUCGACGGGGAACACGUUUUAUAACCUUGGUCCAAAGGCUGUAGUUGAGUCCCUUCCAAGAGUCGAUGCAUUACCCCAGUCUCAGCAAAUUUCAGUUCCAGAAAUGGGUACUGUUUCUGGAGCGCUCGUUGGCUUCGACGAGAUCAAGGGUUUGUACGACUCUCCCACCGACCUUAUACCUUGGGACUGCAGCCUCAAGACCUCGGCCAGCGGUAGCUGCAUGCAGAUAUGCAAGCUUCCACCUGUACAGUAUGCCACAGCGCUCAGCGUGUGGAGCGAGCUUCUGCUGCACCAGAAGAGCCAAUUCAUAUCUGUAUUAGGAGGCUGUCAUCACGGCACUGAUCGAGCUGUGCCCUCCCUGCUCGCUGGCUUCGGUCUUUUGAGCGGAUUCGCCGUGAAGGAGCAAAUGCUCUUCAUCAACAGCGUGAAUCGCAUAUACGACUGGAGCACCAUUGUGUCACCUGACAAGGGAGAGUGGAGCUUGUGCCAGUGGAGGUGGAUAAUUGGCUUUAACGGCACUGGCCAGGCAAGAUGCAUCUCUCUCACAGGCUCCGUGAUAAGCGAGCCCCCUCCUGCUGAUGAAGGUCUUUUAAAGAUUGUACUUCUCACAGUACAGAGCGCUUUGUCUGGCGACUCCACUCCACAAGUACUAGGCCUCCCAGGAUUGUCGUCCAAUAAAGUCCAAGACUCUCUGCUACACGGCUGCCUCGUACAUUUUAAAGAAAGUGAAAGGUCUUCGGAGGGGCUCUUAGCUAUAAAAGAAGUGCUACGGACGACGCUCGGCUGCAACAUCAUGGAGGCUACAAGUAUCAUCCGUAUUUGUUUGGCUUAUUGGGUCCUGUGUCGGGGCGCCAAUUUACGGUCUGAAGACCUCGACUUCACGGAACAGCUUCUUGGUGCACAGGCAGGGCAAAUUCGCAUGAUAUAUAAGCAGUGUUCAGGGCAAGACGAGGAUUUAGCUCGACAACUCAGAAAUGCUUUGUAUGAGGGUCUUUUUUACUUCGUGAUACAACUCGCCAAUAAGGAAGUGCAGCGUUCCUUCCAUCCGCUCAUGCCCGUGAAGCCAUUUUCUCCUCAGAGUAGAGCUCUAGAGAUCAUUAUUGAAGAGGCACCGUUUUCAAAUUCGUCAGAUGGACCCCUCUCCUUCGCGGGAUUCGCAAGCCAGGCCUUGCAGGCGCUGCAUUUAGGUGUUGGAUUCCGAGGCAUUCACAACCUUCAACGUGUCCUGGAUGCCGAUGAGGUAAAGUUGCCUGUAUAUCUUGACUCCAUACGACAGAAACCGCACGUUCAGCUGCUGUUGCAGCUUCUCUUUUCAAGACACGGCGGCCUUUUCCCAUUUCUUGCUGGUGGACCAAGGAACAUGGAAGACUUGGCUGCCUGGAUGGAGUUUGCAAGCUCAAAGCCAUGCACACAGGAAGUAUUGAACGCCUCCCCCGACGGUUCGCUGCUCAUUGAUUGGCUAGGCCAGUGGUCUCGAACAGAUUUGGCAGAGUUGACAAGGGCUUCGUCAACAAUCAAGGGACCUACAUUUCGUUUAAUUGGGAGCCUGCUUCGUUCCGCCUCCGCCACAAGAAUGUGCGGGCGCAUUACCAACUGUAGUUCUGCAGCUCGAGUGCUCCAAGCCGUUCAGGAUUCUCUAGCGAUCAACCUGGUGGAGAGACCAGUUCUUGUCGUGCGCUCUUCGGACUAUCGGUUAACGAGUUGGAUGUAUGAAGAGCUGAGGAAGGUUGAGGAUUGGCAAAGCUUUGGCUUUCCUGUGGUGGCACGUUUGGAGGACCUGCCGAAGUACUGCCCUCGGCUGUUUGGGGAGGCGGCAAGUGGAGAAAAGAACGACAUCAUCGGCACACUGGCGCAGUACAUCGACUUGAAAGACUUCGCCAUGGGAAAAACAGUCCUAUUCUUUAGGAGUGCAGCAUACAACUUGCUUUAUGCCUUUGAAUUGGCCGCUAAGUCCAUAGAAGAGGAGCGCAGAGCAAAACUGCGAAUUCUUGAACGCCAACGGGAGGAUUUGCAGGCCUGGAAAGCCAAAGUACAGGGCUCAACGGGAAAGGAGGGAGCGCGGCUUCACGAAGUGCUGAAGUCGCCAACAUCAGUCAGAUUGGCUAGCGGUGAUUCUCCAGUUGAUCAACGCCAUCAGAGCAGGAGCUCUGAAGGCGUGCACUUGAACACCAACAGAUCCGGGAGUAGCAGAUCUGUUGUAGAAAGUCGCAAGCGCUCAGACUCCUCCAGUGCAGUUACUUCUGCUGAAGAUGUAAAGAGCUUUGACGCAUCUGCUCGAAAGUGGCAGUCGUGCCCUGUCUCCUUUGAACCCGAAAGUGAUCGAAGGGAUAAAUCCCUUAGGCCUAGUGUGUCACUAGGCGCCCUCCCUUCCUCAUCUGAAUUUGUGCAGUCUAAAGGGGGGAAAAGCCCUGCAGAUCUCUUGCUUAUACGCCAGAAUCCUGCGCUAAACAACAAGAUGGCUUCUUUUGCAAAGGCGAAAGGGGUCGGAAGUACACUCUCUGUGGGGAAAGGAGAAGCACCUCCUGAAACAAUUGCAAGCGUCAAAAAGAGUGACCCUGCUGUGUCGGUAGAGCAGCUGCCGCUGUCUGCUGCGGGCAAAAGCAAGCCAGAGACACAACAAAACCUGCUUGAGCAGCCAAAGAAGCCUCCGACUCUAGGUGCCCAAAUGCCUCCAAACACCGAAGGCCCGCCAGAGAGUUCUAAGGGAGGAGAGAGCCAGCAACAACUUGAGAACGAAGGGAAGGUUAGCGACAACAAGAACUUUCAAGAACUCGAUCACAAGGACGGGGUGGCGCAGAAGGGCUCUGUGCCGCACUUACAGCCCGCCGACGAGUUGCCUCCUGUGGAAGAAAAGCCUUUGGUAACUCUGGGGUCUCGCAGUGGAUCCAAAGGAGGCAAAGUCGACAAGGAAACAAGCGAGGCGAAUUCAAAAGCUUUAGACAACCCGUUAGGAACAGCAGAGACAACUGGUCACGUUGUGGAAACGAGGGACGCGAGCAAGCGAACUGCCGAUAAGGAGGCUGAGGAGCACAUCGCGUCGCUAGCUGUUCUCCCUGAGACAAGUACCCAGGAGCAGACGAUUCGCGCUCUCUCUCCUUCGCCAGCAAAAGCGGUGGUUACUGAUGAACACUCCAGCCAGGAAAGAAAAACGCCAUCACCAGGUGGAAUCAGAGCUAUGUGGCGCACAAAUAAGAAGGACAUUGCUUGGCGAGGGCUAGUGGAACCAGAUAACAAUGAGGAGCCUCUGCUGCUCUUAGCUUGGCACCGUGACACGUUAUGGCUGGAGCAGUUUCACGUGACAGAAAACCCUUGGACAGUGGUCUGUUGUCUUCACCCCGUGGGGUAUGCAGCUCUCUCUCUAAUAAUUUUUAGACACCGUGAUACUUGUAUCGAGCUUCAUUUGCGCGGAAUCUCACCCGAUUUGUACCACCCGUGGGCGAAAGUUCAGUGA